AUGGAAGGAGGCUACUACGUUCGAGUGGCCCUGCGGAGUAUGGCCAAACACAUCCAACCUGUCCCAAUUGCGCCGAUUGAUGAGCCCGCUCAGGCUAAGCAACCCGAUAGACGGUGGGCGAGACGUGCGGUUCCACGAGAUGCAGCUAUCGUGCUUGCUCUUCACAUGACAUUUAACGAGGCAGUGCAUGUACAUGACCCAGUCGAUACAAACGAAGCUGAUCGCAUCUUUGCGUAUUCCGUGAAAGGAUUAGCGGAUCAAAUGCUCUUGCCGAUACUUAUGAGUGACCAGCAUGUACUCCAAGACGGAGAUUUAUCAUUCCAGCACGAUGUUGUGCCCGUCGCUCCGGGAAAUGAUCGACAUGCGUCGAAACUCAUCCGAAAGCAAAUAAAAAAACGUAAACAAAGUUUUGCAACAGAGAAGACGUCCGCAUACGGGAACUACGCGGCAUCUCGAGCGUCGUCGCGUACAGAAUCCCGCUUUGGGUCACGAUUCGGAGGGUCAAGAGUGUCGACGUCAGUUCGUAAAGGUCAUAAGAUGUCGUUGGCGCUGGGUUUUAAUGGUGGAGAAUUCAUGAAUUUAGAGAGCCAAGCAUCGAACAAUAAUUCUCCGUGGCUUUCGUCGUCUUCAGUAACCAGCACCGCGAGAGGAGCGGUAGAUUUUGCUGAAUUGCAGCGAAGAACCGACAUCGAACGCGACUUGAGUACUCGGGACUCUGUACGAAGAUCAAAUGACGAGAUUAAUCGCAAGAAUGAAGUUCGAAUAAAACUUCGCUCUCUGGCUGAUCCAACAGUUUCUCUCGAAAAGGAGGAGGCGAUGAUAGCGGCACUAGGAGAACGAGGACAACGCUCUCGUCUUCAGCAGAGUCGACAAGGUACUCGAGGUAAAAACCCAGCCACGUUGUCACCAUUAAACGGUAAACGUGGACUGAAUCUCACGACGCUGGAUACCAAUGAGAACAUGACGUUCCGAACGGAAGACUACGAAGGACUCACCUCAGACGUCGUACUGUAUGGCAAAGGUGGUGAGCUUCUGAUCUCCGAGAAUUGCUUCGUUGUUGAACACAAAUUGCGUCAGGAACUUCUGCUCGAUCUACAUACUCGAGGAGUGAUUCAACCGCGUAUCAAACUUGUUGGAACGUCCAAACCAGCCGAGGAAAACUCGCCAAUUACCACUAAAAAAUUGCGGUCGCCUCCGCGGCCACUGCGCUCGCCGUCUCCACUGAAACAUACAGUCACUAACACCACCGAGUUUGGAGAUCAGAUCGGAUCGUUUGAGUCGUCGUCGAGUCUUUCAUUUGACUUUCAAGGAGUACCUCUUGCCAAGGGAGUCGCGCUCAAGCUUCCCGAUCCUCCAGUAGCUCAGUCUUCUCACAACAGAAAUGCAAUACCACAAAAAGCAGGGAAGAAGACGGCUAUUCUAGAAAACUUGCCCAGUGCCAAGCUUCUCACUGCGUUAACCAGUGAUCCAACCGUUAUUAAGGCAUCGCAGAGUGACUCGGCUCUACAGAAAACUUCAAGGAUCCAAUCCUCUGGAACGGCCAAGAUGACGAGUGCUGGGAGCCCUGUACUACCCAAACAUGUCCACAACGGUGAGAAACAUCUACAGAACUUACGGAUCCGAACUCCAGCGUAUCCAAAUCGACUGUCCCACAAGACACCGUUGUCCAUCGACGGAGCAGAAAAUCUCUUUUCACUCCACGAAGUUAGUAUCUUAUUGUACAUUAAUAAUUGUGCGUGCUAG